AUGGCUUGGUUUAAGCGCUUACAUGAUUUUCUGGUUUCUGCAGGCUUUUUAUCCUCAAAGACGGACAUAUCACUUUUUCACUAUUCUACUGGUACAUCGCGUGUGUACUUGCUUGUUUAUGUUGACGACAUAAUUAUGAUUGGCAACGACUCUGUGCUUAUCUCAGAGUUACUACGACGACUAUCCACGACCUUCAAAAUUCGUGAUCUUGGUGCACCUAGUUUUUUCCUUGGGAUCGAGACGGUGAAAGAUAACACAGGGUUUUUGCUGUCUCAGCAACGUUAUAUGAAAGACAUCCUUAACCGUGCCGGCAUGACGGAUUGCAAACCACUGGCCACUCCCGCUGCCGUUACUCAGCCGGUGACUCCGUCUGACCAACCAUUCGAUAAUCCGACCCAGUAUCGUCGUCUGGUUGGGGCACUUCAGUAUCUGACUAUCACGCGGCCUGAUCUAUCCUUCUCCGUCAAUCGCCAAUGUCAGUUUAUGCAUUCACCGAGCAAUGAGCAUUGGGGACUAUUGAAGCGUGUGCUACAGUAUAUCAAAGGCACCAUCACAUACGGACUGCGACUCUCGGCUUCUGCUUUGUCUACUAUUCAUGGGUUUUCUGACUCAGACUGGGCUGGUUGUCCGAUCAACAGGAAGAGUACUAGUGGGUACGCUGUGUUCCUGGGGGACAAUCUCAUCUCUUGGAUGUCCCGGAAACAGCGCACGGUGGCACAGUCUUUGACUGAAGCUGAGUACAAAGCUCUCGUCGAUGUGUCUGCGGAGGUCACCUGGGUUUUUUCUCUACUUCGUGAGCUCGGGCUCCACACAGGCGAGCCAUCCACACUCUGGUGCGAUAAUCUAGGUGCUACCUAUCUCUGUGCCAAUUUGGUGUUCCAUGCCAGGACUAAGCACGUGGAAAUUGAUUUUCACUUUGUUCGAGACAAGGUAGCUUCCGGUGACUUAGUUGUUAAUUUUGUUUCAACGAAGGACUAG